CAGGACUUGUGUGUGGUUGCCAUGGCAACCACACGACCUGAUCAGUGGUCGCAGGGACGGCAAAAGCUUUGCAGUCGACUAAAAAGUUUGACCAGCAACUUUUGUCCUUUUACUUCGAAUAUUUCUACUCCACUUUUUUAUUUGGAAUGAGUUCCUCGCAGGAGGAGGACGGCACACUUUCACCUACACUAGACCUUGUCAUUCAGAAGUUGGAGGAGUCUCUGCUUGACUCUGAGAGCCAUGAAGCAGACUCUGGAGUUGCACCGGCUCCGGUGUCAGCACGCAUCCGCCACAUCAUCACCCGGAACCUGGUGGCCGAGUCGCCUGACGGUCAGGCAACCAAAAUGGAGGAGAACCCCAAGAAUGAGGGUUCUUUGACUCAGACGAUCUGCAAGGAGCAAGUCCAACCAUGCAGCCUCACUGAAAAGCUGGAUCGAAUGCUGAGCAUGCCGUCGCCAGCAGAGUCGGACCGGGACGGCGCGUCGCCGUGGCAACAGGCCGUCCAGGAGCGAGAGUACAAACGGAGGCUGCUGCUCUUCCAGGAGGCCCAGCAGAAGCAGGCCCAGCUGGUCCAGAGGCUGCAGACCAAGGUCCUCCAGUACAAAAGCAGGUGUGGCCAGCUGGAAGGACAAGUCUUGGAGAAGACCUCUGAUUUGGAGAAGAUGCGACUGUUGUUGCAGGCCCACAAAGACUCGGCCCAACGUCAAGUGCAAGAUCUCAGCAUCAGCAUCCGGAGCAAGGUUGCCCAGCUGGAAGAGGAACAGAGAAGAUGCGGCAGCCUGAGCCAAGUCAACUGUGUACUUCGAGAACAGCUGGAGGAGGCCGACGCCCUCAACCAGGGCCUGGUCGAGAGCCUGCAGAAGGCCCGUCAGGACGGGGAGCUGUGCGAUACGCGCCUGCGCCACCAGCAAGAGGCGUCGUCUUGCCGCCUGAGUCGGGAGCAGGCUCGCGUCAGAAGCUUGUGGCGCCAGGCCGCUUCCCUGAGGAACUCCUUCACGCAACUCAGGACCUUUGCUGACAGGACGCUGUCCGACAUGCGAGGAGAGUGCGUCGCCGUCGGCCAGCAGCUCCGCGUGGCCUGUCGUCAUCUGGAGGCCACGCAGGAGAGCUCCCCCGGUGGCACGGAGGUGUCGGCGCUGGAGCGGCAGCUAAAGGACAAACUCCGAGAGGCCAUGCAGCUUCAGGGGCGCUGGGAUGCCGAGAAAGUGGAACUCAAAUCCAGGAUCAUGGAGCUGACAGAUGCAUUGACGCACCUCCGCAGCCAAAACAGCGAGAAGGACGCCAGCCUGGACAGGAUGGAGACGAGCAGAAGCGAGGACAAAGGAGAACUGGAAGUCCUCCAGGCCGAGAAUCAAACCCUUCAGAAAGUACUCCAUGAGGUCCACCAGCUAGUGUCCAGAGAGGUUGAUGGUGGAGGUCUUCUUGAUUUUUCUCCACGGAAGAUCGCAACCCUGAAGGCUGUGCAGGCUGCCCUCGACAAGCACAAGCAACAAACUCAAGACCUCCGUGUUCGCCUGGAGGCCUCUCUGAACGAGGCGAACUCGCUGCGUACUCGACUGCAGCAGAGCCACUCGGCCAGGACGGAGCUGGAGGUGAGGAUCCAGGAAGUCGCAAAGGAAAGUCAAGAGGUCCAAAAGGCUUUGGAGGAAACUGUGCAGGAGAAGGAUAGAUACCGUUCCUCGCUGGACGAUGUCUCCAGAGAGAAGUGCCAUGUGGAGCAGCUCUUAGCAGAAACCCGAAAGGAGUGCAACACCCAGCGGGGCGAGUUGGAGGCCCUGCGACGGCAGCGGAGAGAUGUUGAGCUGCAGUUGGGACGGCUACGUUCCAACGUCCAGAGAAGCGAGCAGAGCCUGGAGGAGCUGGAGGGGAAGCACUCGGACGUCCGACGGGAGUUGGUGGCGGCGAGGGAGGCGUUGAGCCAGUCUGGCUUGGAGAAGGAGGUUCUGGAGGAGGACAAGGCUAGCCUGGCUCUGGCUCUCAGCAAGGCGGAGUGUCGCGGCGUGGAGCAGGAAGCGCUGUUGGCCAAGCUGCGGCACCAGGAAGCCGGAUUGAAGGACUCCUUGGCCAAGAUGGCGGCUCUGAGUGAGGGCCUGGCCAAGGACAAGGUGGAGCUCAACCGAUUGCUCCUGCAGGCGGAAGCUGAGAAGGCGGAGCUCGGCGACCGCCAUCGGGAGGCGGAAGCUGAGCGGGCGUUGGCUCGGGAGGAGGUGGCCCAGCUACAACGGGAGACGACAGACACUCUGAUGGAGAAGGAAGCCCUGGAGAGCUCGCAGCGCCACCUAUGGGACCUGCGGCGCAAGACGGAAGAGGACCUGGAGCGACUGCAGAAGGAAAACGCUCGCAACCUGCAGCAGCGGUCGCAGGUGAGCAGACAGGUGCAGAGCACAUCGGAGGAGCUUUGCGAGAGCAGGAGGCAGCUGGACGAGCAGGAGAAGGUUCUGGAGAAAGUUACCGCAGACAGAGACGGUCUGGCCAAAGACAAGGCCGCCCUGGAGGUCCGACUCUGCUCGGCCGAGCGCAAAAGCUGCGACCUUGCCCGGGAGCUGCUGGCACUCAGAGCUGAGAAGCAGUCCUCGGAGACCAGCGUGUUCCAGAGCCAGGAGCUGGCCUCGUCCCUGGAGGUCGAGCGUAGCCGCGUGGAGGCCGAGAAUUGCAGAUUGCUGUCGGCUAAUGAAGCCUUGACACGUGAUGUUGCCCGAGUGCGUUUGGAUGCGGAGCGUGAGCUUGCUCAGGUCGCGCAGGAGCGCAGCGACCUAGAAGAGAAGCUGGUCCAAGCGGAGCGGAAGACCCUGCAGAGCCUGAAGAACAGCGACGAGCUUCACCGAGAGCAGCUGGAAGAUGCAAGCAGACAGCAGGAGCAGAAGCUUACAGAGUUGAUGAGGCAGCUGGAGCAGCUGCGCUCACUCAACCAACAACUGGCAGAGCGCAGUCGGGACGAGGUGCAAAAAGCCAAGGAGGAGAUGCUCAGAGUCCAGCAGGACUGCAAGAGGAGCAUUAUGAAGGCCCACAACGAGAAUCAGCAGGCUUUGUCCCAGAAAGACACGGAGAAGACAUCCCUGGUGGAGGAACUUGCUAUCCUCCAACAAGAUCUAAAAUCGGUAACCAGUCAUCUGGAGCUUACGCGGAAGGAAGCGUUCUUUGCACAGGAGCAGGACAAGAAUGAAAUCUCCGUCCUGCGGCGCGAGACACUUCAGCUGCGUGCCGACUUGGAGGCGUGGCUUCAUUCGCACGAGGCCGCCGAGCAGAGUGGACGCGAGAAGCUGCGUGAGCUGAGCCAACAGCAGCAGGCAGCCCAGCAGCAGGUGGAGGCUCUUCAAGCUCAGCUGCAGCACACCGAGGAGCAACUGGCCGAAGCCCGACAGUCCCUCCAGGAGAGCUCUCAGGGUUGGGAGAAGCAGCGCAAGGAGGCCCUCAACCUGCGGCGAUUACUGGAGGACGAAACCAGUGAGAAGGAAGCAAUUCACACCUCCAACCAGGAGCUCAGAGCUUCCAUCAAGCGGGCGGAGAGCGACAACAGCAGCUUGAGGCGAGCGUUGGAGGGGUGUGAGCAGCAGUUGUCCGUCUUGGAAGAGCGCAGCGCCGCCGUGCAGCAGGAGGCGUCCACCUUGAGGAGCAGCAUGCGAGAGAUCGAGAAGUCACGGCUGCAGGCGCGCCGACGGAAUCAGGAGCUGCGCAGACAGCUGAAGGUCCUGGAAGGUGAGAAGCAGCGUCAGGAGCAAGAGCUGAAGCAGCUGCAGGCGCAACUGUGUCAGGAGGAGCAGCAGCGGGAGGAGGCGCGACGCCAGGCGUUCGGUCUCAAGCAGAAAGUGUUGGAGUCCGAGGCAGCCAGAGAUGCAGCCACCAAUCAGGCGUCAUCCCUGCAGAGACGCGUAUUGGAACUGGAGGAGGCGGAGCGUCAGGCCUCGGAGCUCCUGCAGGUCCAGCAAGCCCGGCAGCGGCUGGCCGACCAGAAGCGUCGCGACCAGGCCGCCCGGCUGCAGCGAAGCCUGGAGGACGCCGCCCUCCAAACCGGAGAGGCGAGCGCCCGGCUGGACGGCGCCGAGGCCGCCGCCCUGGAUCUGGAGCGUCGCUUGGCGGUGAGCGAGAGCCGGCGGCGCGAGCUUGAGCGCAAAGUGUCGGCGGUGGGCUCGGCGCUGCGCCGUCUCCGCCUGACAUCUCCCAGGAGGAGGCUUCCUCUUCAAGGCUCGGCGGGAGACGGCUUGACCAGCAUCUCCACUUCCUGUGCUGAUGAUGAGGAACUGGACUUGGACUUCAUCCAGGACAGCCUGCAGGACUUCCAGAGGGAACUCAGGGACACACAGAGAGAAAGAGAUGAGUCCAAGGCUCAGCUGGUCAUGCUCAGCGAGCAGGUGUCAACACUCCAGGACAAAUCAGCCGGCGAGGUGACCAAACUGCACAAGUCCCUGAAGCAGUUCAAAGACGAACAUCGGGAGAUGCAGGAGCGACUGCGUGAAUCGCAGACCUCGUUUUUCCUUCACCGGGAAGCCGAGAGAGACAAGGCGGGCCUGGAGGAGGAGGAGGUGACUCAGCUGCGGUCCGCUCUGCUCACUCUCCAAGUUGAGUCCAAUUCACUCAAGGAUAAGCUGGAUGGCUCCCAGGCUAACGCACACGCGGAACACGAGAGACUAAACGAGGCCUUGGAGGAGGCCCGAAGGAGCAAUGUCCGGCUGGAACUCGCUCAAGGUUCCCUGGAGGCCGAGCUGCAGUGUGCCCGCCAAAGAGCAUCUGAGUUGGAGGCGGAGACGACGGCGUUACGGGAGAGGCUGACCAAGGCGUCGAAGAAACUCGUCGAGAGCGAGGCGGCGCUGAGAGCCGGCGAGGAGCGUCAGAGCGCGGCUGAUCGGCGACAGGGACAGCUGGGCGAGCAGGUGAUCGCCGAGCUGAACAAGCAGCGCAGCAGCCAGGGGGCGCUGCAGGAGAACCUGAAGCAGCUGCACAGAGCUCUGACUGACAGCGAGACGGAACGACAACUCCUGCAGGACCGUCUCAACGAAAGCCGAGACGCCCUGGCGGAGAGCAAGAAGCUGAACCGCUCUCUGAUGGAACGCAGUCAGACACUUAAAAGGGAACAAGAGGACUUGGAGCAGAGGAACCGUGAGCUGGACAAACAAAAGAUCAGCCUGCAGCAGAGUCUGAAGGUGCAACAGGGGGCGCAGCAGGCGACGCGGGAGAAGGCUGAGCAGCUGGAGAGCAAGGCGACAAAUCUGGAAAGCAAGGUGACGAACCUACAGGCGGCGCUGCAGCAGCUACGGCGGGAAAAAGCCGACAUGGAGAAAGCCAUGGCGCGGCUGGGAAAAGACAAAGGUGCUCUCAGGAAGUCGUUGGAGAAGGCAGAGACAAACAGGCGGAGGACGGAGGAGGGGAUCACCAGGGAGACGCAAGAGGCGCUCGUCUGCCUCGAACGACAGCUGGUGGAGAGGCAGGACCAGGUGACUGCCCUGAAGUCGCAGAUAGGUCAGCUGGAGCAGGCUCAGGCACAGCGCCUCCUGGAGGUGACGGCGCGCCACCACCAGGAGAUGGAAACGGCCACAGAGCGGUCGCGCCAGGCCCAGCUGCAGGCUCAGCAGGCGCUGGAGAGCCGUGAGAAGGCCCAUCGCCAGAGGGUCAGGUGUCUGGAGGAUCAGGUGUCCACGCUCAAGGAGCAGCUGGACGAGGAGACACGAAGGCGACAGGCCUGCGUCCACAAGAUGCUGCGGCCGGGCGUGCACUCAAGUAUGUAGCCACCGUCACACGCGUGACAACAACAACCACGACGGGGCGUUUGUUUACGACGGAGCGGACGGGACGAACUGUUCGACUCCUCUGGGUGACAAAUAUUAUCGCUUGCAGGCUAUCAAUAUUA